AUGCCAAGCCGAGCAGUCGUGAAUAAGUUGAAAGUGUGUGACGUUCCGUCUGAAUUAAAAAAAUUAAAUAAUCUUGAAAAGCAUUUAAUUGCUUUAAGAUUACCUUUUAUGAAAAUUGUAAACUUAACAUCAGGCAAGUUAUCAAGUAGAUUAGCACAAAAAGGCACUAAAGGACCACUUCAUUGUGUACCAUCAGAUGUAGAAGAUACUGUAACGGCAUUACCACGACCAGUUGAUAAAUCUAUGAUGGUUAGGUUACAACUAAAACGACGACUAAAAUAUAAGGCUAUAUGGGAAGAGCAAUUAAUAAAUCCAAAUGACGUAAGAGAUGCAUUACUUAUUUUAACUAAGAUGCAUCCAGGUUAUAAAAACAUUAAAAUAAAUGAAAUCAAUAAAAAUUAUCUUACUUCUGAUCAAGAAAAAGAUUAUGAAAAUAACCGUGAGUCAGUAAUUGAAUUAAUGGAUGUUGACACAAUUUCAGAAGAAAAUAUCAUUGAAGAAACAGAAGUAUCUAAUGAAAAUCGUUUAAAAAGAUUAGCUUUGGGUGAUAUUCAUAAUACUAUUGACAGUGAUGAAGAAAUAAAUGAGGAUGAACAAGACAUUCGUACUAAAUAUAAUAUUGGUACAGGUUUAUGUACUCAACCAUGUGAUUUUAACGAUUUUUUAGUCUUUGACAAAGAACCAUGUGUAGUAGCACCAGCUGAAAAAAAUAAAUUAAGUUCAUUAUUAACAGAUAAAACAAUUGAAGCAUUAGCCUUUCCUCAUUUAUUUCCAGAUGGUCAAGGCUCAUAUGACGAAGAUCGUGAAACAAUUCUUAAAUGGAAAGAAUAUUGUAAAGCAUAUUUAUUUUCAUCAGAUUCUCGUUUUGCUUCAGAUUCAAGUUACAUCUUUUAUCUACAGUAUUUAGGUGACUUGAAACAAGUAUACUCCGGAAUUAAUAUUGCUUUCCGAAAAAAAUUACCAAUGAAUGCUAAACAAAGCUUGGAUGAAAUGCAAAUGAAAUUUCUUAUGAAUAAAGAUAUGAUAUAUCGUCAUUUGCAAUGUGUUCGAGGUAGUCCACA